AAUGAUUGUUCAAGUGCUCUUGUUGUGUUUGUACACGUUCGUGCGAGCGAACUUAAAGGAUGAUUUUGGAGCUGCGGAUAUUGGAGCCAUUCCCUAUGAGAAUGCAGCUAGCCCUCAAGUUUCCCUCGCUUCGGCAAUUCCAGAGAGUGAUUAUGGAGGCAUCCCUUAUGAAAAAGUGAUUACCAAGACGACCGAUGAAUAUGGAAAUGUUCCAUACGAAGAGACUACCCGCUCUAUUCCCACACCUGUGGGAGGAGAUUAUGGCAACGUUCCGUAUGAAGUAGCACCGGUGGUACCACUGACUCCGAGCGUGCAGAACCGCAGCGUGGAUAUUCCAGGAAUACUUCUGGACAUAUUCAAGGGUCGCGAUGUGCCAGUACAUACCAGAACGACAGUAUGGGGCAUGAACUUCACCGGGCUGACCCCGGCGCCGACCACCACCAAAUUCAGCAGGGUGACCACCACCAUAGAGUUCACCACCGUGGCCAUCCAGCAGCGAGCGGACACGACCACGGUCACGACCACGAAGCAGUACCAGAACGAGGAGGACUACUCGUACCCCGGGACCGUCACCGACGACCCCACCUGCAGCAUAACCUGCAGCACCUGCACAGACCCCAGGGGAUACAGGAGAUAUUGCUUGAACGGCUCGACGACGCAAGCGCCAACUGACUUGGCUGUGAUAGUGAAAAUGCUCGCAGACAUAGCUGACGUGUACUGGAGCCGUGGGGACACGCUGUACCGGAUAAACUUCAACAACAGCAUCAUUUCAGCGUACCCCAACAGCUGGCCAGCCUGCCCUAACACAACAUCGACUGCUGAGCCGCCGUCGAAGACCUGGGCGCCUCAUAACCGUUCGGGAGAGACUGUAGCCAAGUGUUUCGUGUGCGGAAUGCUGCAGGACGGCAUCCCGGAGGCGGACCACGUGUGUGCAGAUUCCUUCCUCUCACACUCCUACAGGAGGCACUGCAAGUUUCUCAACAGAGAAGGCUGGCACAUAAACGGUAGCGGCGGUUUCUACAUGUGGGGCCGCUGGACCGGCGGGUGCUCACUCCGAUACGUGGAUAUCAGCAACGUGUACCACCAGCGGACAUGUCGCAGCAUCGGGGAGCCGGCGUUAGGAAGCCACUACGUUAGCCGACGGAUGGCCAAGCUCGAGUACGCUCUCCGAAAAGAGAAGGACGCCUGUAUCUCCUCCCCGACGGCAUCUCUCGUCCCGCUCUCUCGCGGCAUCUCGCUCUUUUCUCGGUUCCAUGCUUGUGUGUGCUCAGAGAACUAUUGCAAUCGCGCUGAGAGACUGUAUAUGGAGGAAUGGAGUACGGUAGUUUUAGCUUUGAGUUUACUGCUCUAUGGAGUCUUGCAAGGGAAGUUAAGUGUCUAACUUAGUUAAUACUACUUUAAUGAGUUUAAGACAUUUUACAUAAGUUACUCACUAAAUUAAACGGAAUUGUAUUAUAUAUUUUAGUAAUUGUCUAAUUGGGCCUUCUCUGAAAAAAUAAACUUUUAAUAAUAUACAAGGAAAAUCUACGAGAUAUAGGAUAUGUAUUUGAAAAGGUGUAAUUUGUAAUAUUAGUGUUUCUAGUUUAGGUUUAUGAAUACUUUUAGAUAGUUGUAGUUUAUAAUUCGUAUUUUUAAUUAAAAUAUAGCUUA